UCCGGCGAUAAGCGUACAAAAGUUCUCGACACGCCUUCCAUAGAAAAAGCAGCUGCGCUGCUCGCCUGCUCUUAGUUCUGUCUGUCUCUCUCCUCCUUCCCCCCUCUCUCUCUCCCCCUUCCCGACCCAGCCAAAUUUAGCCGUUAGACCACCUUCCGCCUCUCUCUCUCUCUCUCUCUCUCUCUCGGGUCUGUGUGUGGAUUUCGCCUGGCUCUCGGAGAACACACACAUCAGAUCAAGAAACAGAGGAGGGCGUACGGGGGAGAGGAAGAACACAUCUCUGAUCUGUUUCCGGCUGCGAUCCAUCGUCCUACGCGCUUCCAACGCAUAAAUACAGCCGGUGCCGCGGCUCGAAUCGUCGGCGCCCGGCCUGAUUGAUCCCAUUCGAUCGAUCCGACGUGCUGAUCAAGAUUAGGCAAGAUGAUGUUCUUGGCGUGCUGCUACAACGAUCCGGACAUGUUGAUCGAUCCGGAGACCAUCUACCCCACCCGUGCCGACUGCCAAGACGCCCCCAAGUCGCGCUUCAAACCCCAGCCUCGCCGCACGCUGAGUCCAAGGAGAUGGAAGCUGUUGUUUAAUGAGGAAGGCUGCCUGGACGCAGCUGGGAUGAUCAAAAGAGUACAGCGUGGGGGUAUCCACCCAACCAUCAAAGGAGAAGUUUGGGAGUAUUUGCUGGGCUGUUACGACCCUAAAAGCACUACUGAACAAAGGAACCAAUUGCGACAGCAGAGAAGGUUAGAAUACGAGAAACUAAAAACAAAGUGCCGAGAAAUGGACACAACAGUUGGCAGUGGAAGGGUAAUUACUAUGCCUGUCAUAACGGAAGAUGGCCAGCCUAUCGAGGAUCCUAACUCAGAGGGAGGGGCUUCAGCGGGUGUAGAACAGCAAACCAGUAAUGAGCCGCUCCCAAAAGAAGUUAUUCAAUGGAAACUUUUACUGCACCAAAUUGGUCUUGAUGUUAAUCGUACCGACCGUACACUAGUCUAUUAUGAGAGUCAGGAGAAUUUGGCACGGCUCUGGGACAUUCUUGCUGUGUACGCAUGGAUUGACAAGGACAUUGGUUAUUGUCAGGGAAUGAGUGAUCUUUGUUCACCCAUAUCAAUCAUUUUGGAACAUGAAGCAGAUGCAUUUUGGUGCUUUGAACGACUGAUGCGCAGGGUGCGAGAAAAUUUCAAGAGCACUUCUACUUCCAUUGGAGUUCGAUCUCAACUUACCACCUUGUCAACCAUAAUGAAAGCUGUUGAUCCAAAGCUACAUGAACAUUUAGAAAAUCUUGAUGGAGGGGAAUACUUAUUUGCCUUUCGGAUGCUGAUGGUUAUUUUCCGUAGGGAGUUCUCUUUUAUAGACACGAUGUACCUUUGGGAGCUCAUGUGGUCUAUGGAGUACAAUCCAGGUCUAUUUUCAAUGUUGGAGAGUAACAGUAGCACAUCUAACACAGAUGCAAAAGAUGAAAAUACCCUAAAACAGUGUGGUAAAUUUGAAAAGAAAAACUUGUUGACGGCCAAGAAAGAUGAGCAGAUCCCUCUAUCUGUCUUUGUUGUAGCUAGUGUAAUAGAAGCUAGAAACAAGCGGUUGCUGGGGGAGGCAAAAGGUCUAGAUGAUGUCGUCAAGAUCUUGAAUGAAAUCACUGGAAGUCUGGAUGCAAAAAAGGCAUGUAGAGGGGCAUUGACGAUUCAUGAGAAGUACCUAACCACAGUAAAGGCAUCAUAGCGAAAAGUAUUUGAUUGUGCCUUUUUUUCUUCAGAGAUAAAGUUGUAUCACAGGAUUUUCUUUUCUUUUUUCAUUCUUGAUGUGUAUGUGUUCUGUAAUUAUUUGGCCCACUCUGUAAUUUGGCAUUUGGACAGAAGGAAAUGAAUACCAGUGUGCAGGAAUAAAGUUUGCAUUUAUUUUGAAA